AUGAAGUUAUCCACGCUUUUGUUUUUAUCCGCUUCCUCUGGUAUGGUGCUAGGUGCACCUACGGUCAAGAGGAGCCACGAGCACCACCGCGAAAAACGUGAUGUGGUCUACGUUACGCAGUACGUGGACGGCAACGGUAACGCGAUCCAGGGCAACGGCGGUGCCUCCACGACCGUUGCGACGCAGGCGCCGGCCUCGUCUGCCCCAACGAGUACCUUGUCUCCGGGCUCUUCGAGCGCUGCGCCCGUCACUUCUUCGAGCGCUGCGCCAUCGUCUUCCUCCAGUUCCAGUUCCGGUUCCGGUUCAGGUUCAAGCUCCGGUUCAAGUUCAGGUUCAGGAGCCGGCGGUGUUGACGGUGAUUUAUCCGACUUCUCGGGUCCAGACAAGGAGUUCGAGGAUGGUACCAUUCCUUGUAGCCAGCUCCCAUCUGGCCAGGGUGUUGUUUCGUUGGACUGGGUCGGUUUAGACGGUUGGGCGUCCAUCAUGAACAUGGACGGUAACACCGCCACCUCGUGCCAGGACGGACACUACUGUUCGUAUGCUUGUCAAGCCGGUAUGUCCAAGACGCAGUGGCCAUCAGAACAGCCAAGUGACGGUAGAUCGGUCGGUGGUUUGUACUGUAAGGACGGUUUGCUGUACCGUUCCAACCAGAACUCCAAAUACUUAUGUGAAUGGGAUCAAAAUUCCGCAAGUGCUGUUAACCAGGUUUCUGAUUCAAUCGCUCUUUGUAGAACUGAUUACCCUGGCUCCGAAAAUAUGGUCAUCCCAACAGUCGUUGGCGCUGGCUCCUCCAAACCAAUUUCCUGUGUCAAUGAGGACUCCUACUAUCAGUGGCAAGGUAAGAAAACUUCAACUCAGUACUACGUCAACAAUGCAGGUGUUUCUGUUGAAGAUGGCUGUAUCUGGGGUACAAGUGGCUCCGGUGUAGGAAACUGGGCUCCAGUUGUCCUGGGUGCCGGUUACACCAAUGGUAUCACCUACUUAUCUAUAAUUCCAAAUCCAAACAACAAUACACCACCAAACUACAACGUUAAAAUAGUAGCUACUGAGGGAUCUAGUAUCAACGGUGAUUGUAAGUUGGAAAACGGUGUUUACUCAGGUUCAGGUUCUGACGGCUGUACCGUUUCUGUCACUUCUGGUAGUGCAGAAUUCGUUUUCUAUUGA